AUGAGUUGCGAAAAAGCUUUUGGAAUCACUAUUAUUGGUUGUUUAUUAUCAGUUCUCAUAGCGUUUAUUGCUGCAGGAUUUGUACUAUCAUUUUCUAUUCCUUCGUAUGUGUAUAGUAAAGAUCUUGAAAGGUUAGUGACAUGUGAUACAGAUGGUGUACUUGAAGGAUGGAAAUUUUCAUAUAAGUCAGGUUAUUAUUUUGGGUUAUUAAAUAUAAUUUUUGUUAGCGUAUCUUUUGGGAUUGCUGUCUUAUCUUUCAUUCCAGUUGUUGGGUUGUUUGAUUUUAUUCUUGGAUUAAUUACAAGUUGUGGUUCAGUUGCAUUCUUUAUCAUUGGUAUAAUUGUACUUGCCAAGGGAUUAUCAGUAAGUAUUAAUGAAUUAGAUGAAGAAAAAAAAAUAUGUUUUGAAAAUCAGAAUAGAUGUUGUUUGGAUGUAUUCAAUUGUUCAGAAUGUACAUAUACAGAUGAAACUGGUCAAUUACAACAAUGUUCAGAUGAUUGUAAUGAAGCUGUUGUCAACCCAGCAGAACAUUCCGUCAGAGUUAUCGGUUCUAUGCUAAUUGUAGGUUCAGGGAUGAUGGGUUGGUAUAUUGUAACAGGUAUUUUCACGUUAGUAGCAGCGUUUGGAUUUUGUGCUUUUUGUUGCGAUGAAUUUUAA